AGCUCACCAGGAUUUCAGGCAGGAUUCUCUCCUAGCCCUUUGUGGGGAUGUCACGGAUUGAAGCUGGGACUUUCUCCAUGUACAGCAGGUCUGUGCUUAAGAGGAGCCACACACCCUCUGCAGGAUUCCCUGAAGAAGACACAAGCAAGAAACCAACUUGUGGGCAAGGGAAGAUUCAUCCUGUUUCCACAGUCUGAUGGAGAAAACGUUUGAGAAGUGGAAGAACAGAUUUCAGGACUGCACUGAUCUAGGGAGGUGAAGGUGGGAGAGUGACCUGGACCUGAGCCAUGGCCAAAUCAGAUGACACUGUUGAAAUACCAGCACUGGGCCGCCCGUUCCAGCUGGGGAUGUUGUACGACUGUCGCAAAGAUGCCCUCAUCCCAGGGAUCACCUUGUGGGACCAUGACUCACUUCAGAAGGACUUGAGUAUCAAACCACAGCCCAAGACUGAAUCUGAGAUCAUUGCAUCCGAUUCCAUUGAUGAUAAGGCUUCUGCUCUCAACGUCUCAGCAUCGCUGAAGGCCAGUUUUUUGGGAGGACUGGUGGAAGUGGAAGGAUCAGGCAAAUUCCUUCAAGACACUAAGAAGUCCAAGCAACAGGCCAGAGUCACUCUGCAGUACAAAGCGACCACCAAGUAUGCACAGCUGACAAUGAGCCAUUUGGGAAUCCAAAAUGUAUCUUAUCCGGCCGUUUUUGAGCAUGGCACGGCCACCCACGUAGUCACCGCCAUCUUGUAUGGAGCACAGGCUUUCUUUGUGUUUGACCGUGAGGUCUCUUCUUCUGAGUCUGUACAAGAUAUACAAGGAAACCUCCAGGCUGCAGUUAAGAUGAUGGUAGUCUCUGUGAAAGGGCAAACGUCUAUCCAGAUGGACGAGAAGGAGAAAUCCCACACUGAAAACUUCAGCUGCAAAUUCUAUGGAGACUUUUCACCAGAGAACAAUCCGGUGACUUUCCAAGAUGCCAUGAAAGUAUAUGCUGCUCUGCCCAAAAUGAUGGGGGAGGAUGAGGAGAAGGCUGUGCCUAUAAGAGUUUGGCUGUACCCCCUGACAAAGCUGGAUUCCAGAGCAGCUAAGAUGGUGCGCGAGAUAAGCGUAACACUGAUCUUUGAUGCGCAAACUGUCAUGGAGCAACUGAGUGAAAUCAAUAUAAGAUUCAAUGACCUGGCAAAGAACGCCAUUGCUGAUGCUUUCCCAGAGAUAAAAGCUAAAAUAAAGAGAUUCAAGGAUCUGUGCAAGCAACAGAGGCAGACUUUCCAGAAACAGCUGGCAGGAAUUCUGCCUUCCAUCAGGGGAGGGGGGAAAGAGGAAAGAGUCCUGGUGGACAUCUUAACCUCCAUAAAUCAAUCCCCCUUCAACAGUCAAAACCUCAAUAAAUUUCUGGACACCAAGGAACGAGAGAUUAAUUUGGUCAGAUCUUACCUUACUAUCCUAAGCGGGAUGGAAAUCAUCUCCUCCCAGAACAAACUGGAAGAAUUUGUGCUUGACACCCAGAAUGAGUUUGUUGUCUCAUUUACAUUCACUUCUUUACAUGAUGAGGAACCGUUUCUAACCACCUUGCAGCACUUUCUUCAGAAGCAGUUUUUUCAGGAAUCGGCAGCUCCUGCAAGAGGCCAGACUGGACCAGAGGACUGGAAAGUCUGGUUUGAUCAAACAGAGAGAAACCGAAAUGAUCGUAAAGCUGCCAAAGCCAUUCUAGAUUUUGCCCAGGCCAACAAAUCAAACGAAAAGACCCAGUUUCUUGUGGCUUCUGUCCCAGACGAGGACAACCCAGGAGCUUCCAUUUACCUCUACGAAGAUGGGGAACUGAUCAGCAGAAACGUUGAGCUGCCCUCAAAACCUCUGCCUCUCCUGAUUGGUGGGAUUGGACAUGACAGUGUGCAGCAGACCUUUCAGCCAACUGAGUAUGGCAGGGCUGCAAUCUCCAGCUAUCAGGUAGAGUACACAAUUGCAGGACGGGAAAGAUGGAAGACAGUGAAUACAGGAGGUAGUCAGGAGGCAUUCCAAGUGAAAGGGUUGAGCCCGAACACCAAGUACCAGUUCCGAUAUGCUGCAAGGUGCAAACCAGGCGUUAGUAAGACCAGCGACGUGAGUAAAUCUGUAAAGACACUUCCUACCAGCCCUCCUGGGAAACCUAGAGAGGUAGCCGUAGAGUCUUCCAAAAUCAGUAUUGCCUGGAGCACUCCAAAGGUCAUUGGAGUGGGAGUAGUGAUAAGCGAGUACAGGGUGGAGUACAGAGAGGAGGCUGGAGAGGAGAACCACAAGGGCAAAUAUGAAUGGAAUGAAAAAAGAACAGGGAAGAAAAUGGAGGUCUGUCAAAUUGAUAAUCUAAAGCCUCAAACACCCUACAGAUUCCGUGUCUCAGCUAUGUGUGCCAAUGCGACUCAGAAACCCCAGGAAGAGAUUGAGGUUUCCAUAUCACUGGAAGAAGAAGAGAACAGACUAGCUUGCAAAUCCGUCCAAGAAAGCACCCUGGUGGAAGAUGGGCAGCCAUCAGUGUAUGCUCUGCCACUGAAGGCCUCAUCGGAUGGCUCCACUUCCUGCCUAACAUAUCAGCUAGGAAAAGAGAACUUGCAGGCCCCCAACAAAGUCAUCAUGGUGAUGGGAGCAACAGGGUCGGGGAAAACCACCCUCAUCAAUGGGAUGAUCAAUUAUAACCUAGGAGUGCAGUGGAGAGACAACUUCCGAUUCAAACUUAUUCAUGAGAGGACCAAUUACCACAGGCCUAAUUAA